AAUGACAUACAAAACGUGUUCAUGCCCUGAAUCAAAAUAAGAAAACCUAUCUACCAAUAUCAACAGCAAAAAACAUAGCUAAGUUUCAUUUCAUUUUCCUUCCCCACUAAGAAGAAAACGAGAUGGAUGUGGUUGUGGGUGGGGCUUUUCUUUCUGCUUUCCUCCAGGUGUUGUUUGAUAGGAUGGCUUCCCGUGAGGUUAUUGACUUCAUCCGGGGAAAAAAACUCGCUGAUGACUUAUUGAAGAAGUUGAAGAUGCUUUUGCUUUCUGUUGAUACAGUUCUCAAUGAUGCUGAGAAGAAGCAAAUUACCAGUUUGACAGUGAACAAGUGGGUUCAUGAGCUUAAAGAUGCAGUUUAUGAUGCAGAAGAUGUGAUGGAUGAGAUUGCUACUGAAGCACUCAAAUGCAGAGUUGAAGCAAAGUCAAAGAGCAGCACAAGUCAGGUACAGCAGUUGAUCUCAACUUCUCUUGGGCUAUUUGAGAAAGAGAUAGAAUCAAAAUUGGAAAAGAUCAUCGAUAGGCUAGAAUAUAUAGCAGAACAAAAAGAUGUCCUAGGCUUAAGAACCAGUGUUGGAAGGCAAUCAUCAAUAAGAUUGCCCACAACUUCUGUAGUAGAUGAAUCUGAAGUUUAUGGGAGGGAUGCUGAUAAAGAGGAAAUAAUGAAGCUAUUGCUAUCAGAUGACUUAAAUAGCAAUGGGAUAUGUGUGACAGCCAUGGUAGGUAUGGGAGGAGUUGGCAAGACCACUCUUGCUCAACUAGUAUACAAUGAUGAAAUGGUGAAGGAGCAUUUUGACCUUGGAGCUUGGAUUUGUGUUUCCAAAGAAUUGGAUAUAUGCAGAGUGACAAACACAUUUCUUGAGGCAUUCACUUCUCACGCCAGUGAUAGUAGAGAUUUAAAUCUGCUGCAAGUUAGACUAAAGGAGAGUCUUUUUGGUAAGAAGUUUCUGCUUGUUCUGGAUGAUGUUUGGAAUGAGAACUACAUCGGGUGGGAGGUUUUACAGAAGCCUUUUAGAUUUGGGACAAGAGGGAGCAAGAUCAUUGUCACAACACGCAAUGAAAGUGUUGCGUCGAUUGUGCAAACUGUUCCAACCUACCAUUUAAAGGAGUUAUUGGAUGAACAUUGCUGGCUGCUCUUCGCAAAGCAUGCAUUUGGUGGUCAAAUUAGUUCCCAUGCAUCUUUGGAAUUAGAAGUAAUUGGCAGAGAGAUUGUAAGAAAGUGCAAAGGUCUACCUUUAGCCGCAAAAGUGCUGGGUUGUCUCCUGCGAUCUAAAACAGAUGCUGCAGAGUGGAAUAAGAUCUUGCAAAGUGAAUUGUGGGAUUUGCAAAUUAAUCAGAAUGACAUUCUCCCAGCUCUAUGGUUAAGCUACCAUUACCCGCCAUCACACCUUAAGCCAUGUUUUGCUUAUUUUUCUCUAUUUCCCAAGGAUUAUGAAUUUGAGAAAGAGCAAUUGAUCUUAUUAUGGAUGGCAGAAGGUUUUCUACCUGAGCCUGGAACCAAUCAGAGGUUGGAAGAAGUAGGGUAUGAGUACUUUCAUGAUUUUGUUUCAAGGUCAUUGCUUCAACAAUCUUCAACAAGUGAUAAAUCAUGUUAUGUGAUGCAUGAUCUUGUCAAUGACUUGGCUAAAUUUGUGGCAGGAGAGUUUUGUUUGAGGUUGGAAGGCUACAACACAUACAAAAUUGAGGGCACGACUCGCCAUCUAUCAUAUUUCAGAGCAAGGUGUGAUCCUUAUACAAGAUUUGAGGCCUUUAACAGGGCAAGGUGUCUAAGAACUUUCCUACCAUUAAAGCUAGCGCCGUGGUACGGUCACUCUUUAACCUCUAAGGUACCACUUGAACUAUUACCAAAGCUGAAAUAUUUACGGGUGCUUUCGCUGUCUCACUAUCAAAAUAUGAGUGAGUUGCCCAAUUCAAUUGUGAACUUGAAACAUUUGCGGUAUCUGGAUCUCUCUUGCACUGCAAUAAGAAGGUUACCUGAGGCUACAUGUACUUUGUACAAUUUGCAAACCAUUAUCUUAGCAGAAUGCAGUUUUCUCGCUGAGUUGCCAGCUAACAUGGGAAGACUAACAAAUUUGCUUUAUUCUUGAUAUUGCUGGUACUAACUUAACAAAGAUGCCAUCACA